AUGGGAUGGUUAACGCAAAAAUGGACAAAGAGUUUUUCAGCUGUCAUAAGCACCUUCACAACAGAUAUUAAAUACAACAGAAAAGUCAGUACAUGGUGUGUCAAGGCAGACACACGAGGCCAAAUAAAGUUGGUGCCUGUAACGCUCCUGCAUUUAAAUCUGGGGUUUCGUAUACUCUUAUCGAAGUUAACGCGAAGUUCAAAUUUCACAGCACAAGAAAAUGUGUUCCCACUUUUUUUAUUGUAUCUCACACAAUACCCCCCCCCCUCACCCCAACUGAUAUGUAUAACAAAAUGUAUUACCGUCG